AUGUCAGCCCCGCCAUUCAAGGUCAAGGCCGUCUACGAGUAUGCCAGCCCCCACGAAGACGACCUCCCCUUCCCUGAAGGCCAGAUCAUCACCGUCGUAGCUCUCGAAGACGCCGACUGGUACGAGGGCGAAUACACCGAUGCCUCGGGCAACAAGCACAAGGGUCUGUUCCCCAAGAACUUUGUCGAGCGCUACGAGCCAGAGGUCCCUUCACGACCCGCCAGACGCCCUCAAUCAGAGAUCCGCUCUCCACCGCCACAACCUCCUGUCCCAGAACCUGCUCCUGGUGCUUUCCCAGAGGAAGCCGAUAAGGAUGAUGACGACGAUAGCUUUGCCGAGCCACCGCCUGUUCCUGCUCAAUCAAAGUCGGUGGUUGAGCCCGAGGCUGCUCCAGCUCCGCUUCCUCCUCGCGACCUCUCUCCUCCCGCCGCCGAUCCUCCCAAGAAAGAGCCUCCGCCAGUGAGCAGCAAGCCCAGUUCAUUCAGAGACCGCAUCGCCGCAUUUAACAAUGCGGGAGCUGCUCCUGUUGCUCCCUUCAAGCCCGCCGCUCCUACCUUUGUCAAGAAGCCUUUCGUCGCACCUCCACCUAGCAAGAACGCAUACAUUCCUCCACCAAAGGCCGAGCCUGUACAAAAAAUCUACAGAAGAGAGGAAGAUCCAGAUAUCCAGAAAGAGCAAGCUCAAGCAGAUGAGAAUGCCGCAAAGGCUGGUCUAUUGCCCUCAGACCAUCCUCAAUCUCCCACUGGAGAGGAGGAUGAGGAUCAACCCAAGCCUCAGAGUUUGAAGGAGAGAAUCGCAAUGUUGCAGAAGCAGCAAAUGGAGCAAGCAGCGCGAAGAGCCGAUGUUAGCGACAAGCCAAAGCCCAAGAAGCCCGUCAAGAAGAACACGGAUGACUCGGCAGAGUCUGCUGCUGCUCCUCCUCCUCCGGUUCCCCAAGCACAUGUGCCAGCGGCUGAAGAGGAGGAUGAUGUAGAACAGCCAGAGCGUCAUGUUCGCCAAUCACUGGACCAACCUCGUGAUCGCGAACGUACUCGUGGCGCUUCUGCUCGUGGAGUGUCCCGUGAACCAGCAUUACCUACUGCUGGCAACGAGAUGUUGAGCGAUUCCAACGACGCCGACAUGUCUGGAGCUGGAGAUAUCACAGAAGAGAACGACGUUGACAGCGACUCGACACAACCUGCCAGAAAAUCCAUGCAAUCUCAACGAGCACCCGCAGCUCCAGUCGAAGAAGCAGACGUCGGCGAACAACAAGACACAACCGAGGAUGACGAGAGUGAAGAGGACGAGAUGGAUGCAGAGACACGCCGCCGUAUGGAGUUGAGAGAGCGUAUGGCCAAGAUGAGUGGUGGUAUGGGUAUGGCAGGCAUGUUCGGAGGUCCUCCUGGUAUGCCUGGUAUGAUGGCACCUGCUCCUCCCAAGCCCAAGAAGACCAAGGAGCCCAAGCCCGAGCACGACGAAGCAGCUGCAUCUGCCCCUGCUCCUGCUCAAGCACCCCGUGUGCCCGUCAUUCCUAUCCCUGGCAUGCAGACAGCGCGUAGUCCUGAGGUUGAAGAUAGACAGCUUGCUGUUGAGAAGGAGCCCGAGCAUGACACUUCAGUCACUAGCGAGAGGGAACCUUUGGACGUGCCAGAUGUUGAGGACGUCAAGCCUCAGCCACCACCACACAUUGAGCCUGUACACCGCGUUCCUCCAAUUCCGCAAGACCGUCCUCUAGCAUCUCCAACUAGCGAACGCGCUCCCCCACCACCGGUUCCUGGUGCUCGUCCCGUGCCUGCUCCACCAGUUCCUGAGAGCCGUCCCGUGCCUCCUCCACCACCACCGGUAGACACACAAAUGGACCCUACGGAAGGUGAAGAAUCAGAUGACGAGCGAUCUCUGGCUCCCACAAGACAGUCAACAGACAUGUCUCGAGGUGCUCCACCACCCGUUCCCAGACCAGAGGCCACCCGCUCUCCAUCUAUGGGAUCGACAAAGCGUGCUUCGACCUUUGGCAGCUUGGAUGCCAUGUCGCCUACUUCACCUGCCACUCCUGCUUCUGAAAAGAGACAGAGUCGCAUUCCUCCUAUCCCUGGCACUUUGUCAACUCCCCCUCAAGCCCGCGCUCCUCCUCCACCUCCACCAACUGGUGCUCCUCAACUUCCUCCGAUCAUCCCGAGCGCUCCUUUGGGCGAACCUGAUGAAGGUGAAAGUGAAUACGAAGGCGACUAUGACACCGACAUUGCAUCUAGUGUCGCCCACAAGGAUGCUUUGAAGUCACACGCCAGAGAUUCAAGCAUCGAAGAGGCAGAUGUGCCUGCUCCUGCUCCUGCCCCUCGUGCUGUUCCUCCCCCACCACCAACUCAGCCUCCACCAACCAGAGCCUCGAUUGAUGCUCCUCGUAUGGCUCCUCCACCUGUUCCAGUCCAUGCACCUGUUCAACCCGAACAAUACGAGGACGAAGAGGACGAUUACCAAGAACCUCCUCGUGCUCUUCCUAUCCGUGCCGUGCCACCACCUCCACCCACCGCGCCGGCUCCAGUUCCUGUCCAACAGGAGUAUGUGGAUGAUAGCUCGGAUGAUUUGUACGACGCACCACCUCCUCGUCAAUCCAUGGAUCGUCCACCUCCACCACCACCGGUUGAUCAAGACCGUGCUGCACCUUUGCCUCCUUCUCAACCACCACAGAUUGCUCGAACAGGAACUCACCAGUCUCGUCAAUCACUCGAUGUCAGUCGUCCGUCCAUGAACAUGCGUCGUAGCAUGGAUGUUGGCAGACCUCCUCAAGAUGGCCACAUUGCUACAGAUGUCGAUCUCGCAGAAUCAUCUCUCUGGUGGGCAAACCCCAACACUCCUCCACCAGUCUUCCAGAACCGAAGUGAUAUUCUGUUCGAGGUUGAGGAGAACGUAACGCAAAGACGUGGUGGCAGAACGGCAAUCACAAAAGACGUGUAUGUUCUAUUCAUCGACUACAGCCAGACCGUCAUCACAGCUCGCUACGACGGCCAAAACCCUCAAGAAGUGUCUUUCGAACAGAGACACGAACCACCUCCACCACGUCUCCGUCAAGACCAACUCGAGACCGCAUGGCAGAAGUACGGCGCACGCAUGUCUGAAGCCGCAGCUGCCAAAAAGGAUCAAGUUGUCGGUGACGGCUCCCCCAACGCCCUUGUCCUCGAUCUCCUCAAACCCUUCACCGACGCUUUACGUCCUGUAGGCACUAGAGCCUACGGCGCCCUCGUAUACGCCAACCUCGCCAACGCCUCAGUGCAACAAUUCGACGAAAUCCGCGCUGGCGAUAUCAUUACACUGCGCAAUGCCAAACUCCAAGGCAAACACGGCGCAAUGCAUAAAUCGUAUGCCAUGGAUGUUUCUUCGCAUGUUGGUGUUGUUGUUGAUUGGGACGGUACCAAGAAGAAGGUUCGUGCUUGGGAGCAGGGAAGAGAGAAGGCAAAGACUAGGAUGGAGAGUUUUAGACUUGGAGAUUUGAGAAGUGGAGAAGUUAGGGUUUGGAGGGUUGUUGGGAGGGAGUGGGUUGGUUGGGAUUCGUAA